CGAAGGCGGAGAUUGGGCGUUCGCAGCUGCCCUCAGUUACGAUGGCGGCCACCUGAGCGGGCUGCUGAGCCUGCAGCCCUUCCAGGCUCCUGUCCUUACGGCUCUGCCCCUCGCGAGGAGUGCUGUGGGCCGGCAUGGAUUUCUCCAAGUUCCUGGCUGAGGACUUUGAGGUGAAGGCCUGGGUGAAUGGGGCCUUCCGGGCAGGGCAGCAGGAGGCACAAGGCAAAGUGGAUGCCCAGGCAGCCACCCUGGUGAUGAAGCUGCAGCUCUUUAUCCAAGAGGUCAACAAAGCAGUGGAAGAGACGAGUCAGCAGGCGCUGCAGAGCAUGCCCCGAGUCCUGCGGGAGGUGGAAGCCCUGAGGCAGGAGGCAACUUUCCUGAAGGAGCAGAUGGUCCUGGUGCGGGAAGAUAUAAAGAGGCUGGAGCAGGACACAGCUCAGUCCAUGCAGGUCUUGGUAGAACUGGAUCAUGUGAAAUCCAGGAUGCAGCUUGCAGCUGAGUCACUCCAGGAGGCUGACAAGUGGAGCACCCUCAGUGCAGAUAUCGAAGAGACUUUUAAAACCCAGGAUGUGUCUGUGAUCUCAGCCAAGCUGACCAGCAUGCAGAACAGCCUGACGGUGCUGGUGGACACACCGGACUUCUCAGAGAAGUGUGUGCAUCUGGAGGCCCUGAAGAACCGGCUGGAGGCCUUGGCCAGCCCCCAGAUCGUGGCGGCUUUCAACACACAGUCUGUUGAUCAGGCCCAGGUGUUUGUGAAGGUCUUCGCGGAGAUCGACCGGCUGCCCCAGCUGCUGGCCUACUACUACAAGUGUCACAAGGUGCAGCUGGUGGCCAUGUGGCAAGAUCUGUGCCAGUCCGACCUCCCUUUGGACCAACAGCUGAUGGAACUCUACGACAUGCUGCUGGGGACGUGGCACUCGGAGCUGCAGUGGGCCAGCCAGGUCUUCCAGAAUCCCCACCAGGUGGUGACUGUGCUGCUGAUCCAGGCGCUUGGUGCUCUGGCACCCUCCAUCCCCGUCUGCCUCAACACUGCCCUGGAGCGGGCCAACCCCGAAGGCAAGCUGGGCCAGCUCCUGGGCCUGCAUGCCGCCACGGCCUACUUCGCACGUGGCCUGGAGGUGGCUCUGCUUCCCAGCUUGAGGGAAUGCAACCUGGUGAAGGUGACGGAGCUGGUGGAAGCCAUCUAUGGGCCCUACAAGCCUUUCCAGCUGCAGUAUGGUGCCCUGGAGGAAGAGAACCUCCUCAUCCAGAUGAGUGCUGUCCCCCUGGAACACGGUGAGAUCAUGGACUGCGUCCAGGAGCUGUGCCAGUCAGUGAACAAGAUCUUUGGCCUGUCCCUGCUGGCGGUUGACAACUGCCUGAAGCUGACGGACGGGCUGGGUGUGGGUGGCCUCCUCAAGGCCCUGCGAGCCCUUUUUGGCAAGUACGCCUCGGACUUCAGCAGCACCCUGCAGUCAAUCCGGAAGAAGGGCAAGCUGGACGAGAUCCCUCUGCAUUCGCUCUUCCAGGAGGACUGGACCACUUUCCAGAGCUCAGUCCGAAUCCUGGCUGCCUGUGGGGAACUCUUGCGCCAGUGUGGAGACUUGGAGCAGCAGCUGGCAAACAGGAUCCUCUCCACAGCUGGCAAGUACCUUUCGGACUCAUACGGCUCCUGUGGCCUGGGCAGCCUCCAAGAGUCUAGCUCGGAGAGGCCCACUGCUGUCAAGAACCCUUGGCAGGAAUACAACUACCUUCAGCAGGAGAGCCCCACGGAGUUCGCUGCCUUCCUGGAGACCCUCUAUGCUCUCAAGGAGAAAGGGACCAGCCACAACCUCCUGGCUGCUCCGCGUUCUGCCCUCGCCCGCCUCAACCAACUGGCCCACCAGCUGGCCUUUGACUCCAUUUUCCUGCGUAUUAAGCACCAGCUGCUGCAGGCAGCCAUGACGGAGGGCUGGAGUACGGCCGGGCCGGGGGAGAUGCUGACCGAUGACCUGCCCAACUUCAGCCUCACGCCUCUGGAGUACAUCAGCAACAUCGGCCAAUACCUCAUGUCUCUCCCCCUCCACCUGGAGCCCUUCGUGACGCAGGAGGAUUCGGCCUUGGAACUGGCAUUGCACAUGGGGAAACUUCCCUUUCCUCCGGAGCAAGGGGAUGAGCUUCCCGAACUGGACAACAUGGCUGACUACUGGCUGGGCUCCCUCGCAAGGGCCACGAUGCAGACCUACUGUGAAGUCAUCCUGCAGAUCCCCAAGCUCACCCCCCACGCCACCAAGCAGCUGGCCACGGACAUCGACUACCUGGUCAACGUCCUGGAUGCCUUGGGCCUGCAGCCUUCCAAGGCCCUGCAGCACACCCUUCUCCUGCUGAAGGCCAAACCAGAAGAGUACAAGCAGGCAGCCAAGCCUGUACCCCGGCGGCUGGCCAGCACCAUCGCAGCCAUGCGGGGCCUGGAGCCCUGAAUUCCAGGGUGCGGAGCGAGAACUCUGAAGCGCAAGACUGGCUGUGCGCAGCACGAGGACAGCAAGGGCCCCCAACCUCCUGCCUGCUGCAGAGGGGGGAGCGGAGAACUCAAUAAACGUUUUGCGGAGGCA